UCUGCGUUUAUACUGCGUUCCCGUUUCAGCAAAGAUGGCGUUGAAAGAACUGUCCUCGUUGGAGAAAUGUCUUGGCUUGAAAAAGCCGAAUAAAUACAGCACUCAGGGAGAAAAGAAGGUUCCUGUUUUGCAGAACAACCAAGGCUCAGCUUUGGUUGGUCUGGUAACCAUAGCCUCCCACCUUGUCUGCGAGGCCCAGAGGACAGAGCUACUGGGCGACUCGGCUGAGCAGAGAGCGGUUGUCCAGCAGUGGCUGGAGUAUAGAGUAACACGACUGGAUGGCUGUUCUAAAGAUGAGGUCAAGGUCAUACUCAAGGAGUUGAACCAGUACCUAGAGGAUAAGGUGUACAUGGCUGGGAAUUGCUUCACCCUGGCAGAUGCUCUGAUGUACUAUGGCAUCCACCACAUCGUUAUGGAGCUUGCAGUAGAGGAGAAAGAGAGGUACUUGAAUGUAACCCGAUGGUUUGACCACAUUCAGCACUACCCAGGAGUGCGUCACCACCUCCCCCCUGUGGUGGUCCUGAGGAACAGAGUGUAUCCCAGCAGCCAGCACUGACCCCGUGUCCCCAGCCCCACCCCUAACCACUGUACCAGGUCAAGGAAGCCUGCCCUGUGGUCCCCAUCUUCAUCCCUUAGUCCUCUCUGGUCUGCCCCUCUGCAGGUCAGGUCGGAAGUACUGAAGCCUAAACCUGACAAAACACCAUAGGCGUUACUGGUCAUCAGGACAAGAGAAACGGACCAGUGUUGUUAACCUCUUUAACUUUUUUUGUGGUGGUGGUUUGGUUUUGGUUUUGUAUGUGUAUGUACGAGUUGGGCAGUGGGGAUGAGUGAUCACUUUUAACUUGUGUGGUAGUGUGAGAAGUGUAUUUAUGAGCAGUAUACAUCAUACUUCAGUAUGAGGUAGACAUCUCUGCUGAUGGCAAAGGCAAAAUGGACUGUUUACACAACUGUAUAUUCAUAAUUUGACUUAACUAAGACCUAAUAACUCCUUUGAAGGCAUGAGCAAGUUGCUGGUAGUUUAAAUGAAGCAGAACCCACAUGUAUACGCGCUGUCGGUGCCUGGCUCAGCCCUAACCUUGAAUAUCCUUUAGUCCCUUGUUUUCUGUCUCACUCUUCCUGUUCUCCCUCUUUCUCCUGUUGACUUCUCCUUGUCUCCCUCCCUCUGUCUGACCUGCAGCAGCGGUUGUGUGGGCAGUGUGGGGCGCGGAGCCAGCCUUGGCAUGUUUGUGCUGUGGGGCAGAGAGGGCAGGCUACCAGCUGCAGAGGCCGAGGCAGCUCCACUCCUCCCCUCCCCUCUCCUCCACAGCCAGCUGCCAGGAGCGGCAACCGCGCACCGCCUGCCGUUUCACCCACAGUACCAACCCCCCCUCGCCCUGGUUUGGGAAAUCCAUCUAGGCACAGCACUGCUGCAGUUAUUCAGCUCUCUCCAAGUGGAGUCAGGCUGAAGCACUAGCUUGAUCGCAGGGUUAACCAUGUCAGAAUGAUAGUUGGGGGGGGGGCCCAUCCUAAUAAAGAUGCCUUCAUUUGAGGAGCUGUUAUGUAUGAAGUUGCCUAUCUCAAAGUAAAAACAUGGUUGAGAAGUCAAAAAUGCAUUCUGGGACACGCGGUUCACAGACAGAAGGAGGUGGUUCAUCUUCUAUGAGCCGCAUGUAUGUGAGAGAAUGCCUGAUGUAUGAGAUCUAAGCCUUGCUUUUUGGCUGUGCACAAAAUGUGGCCCGGCUGGUUUGGAGCCUCUCUGUCCACAGCCUUUGUGGUAGCAAAUCCUCCCAUAAUGAAAGUUUGGGGGAAAGCAGCUCUGUUGUGCGUACCCCCUGUCUGAUGUGUGUAUGCUGACAAACAUCCCUCUGUCCUGAUUUUUAUUGUAUUUCCCCUCUCAUAAGCUUCCUUUUAUGAAACAGCUGCGGCUGUCAAGCCGAAGUUUGUUAUUUAAUGUCAACAGAAGCUUGUCUUGUGCCAAUAAACGAACGGAAAAGGGAAACAUCA